UCCGUCCGCCGGUCCACGUUUCCGCUGCCACGCGCCGAGGUUGGAACCUGCAUUUGCCAGGGAACAACGUCCGUGAGCGUCUCUGCGUGUGAUGUGUCCAAUUGAAGCAGUGGCCACGUCAUUUGCUUACAGAUUAACUCUAAUGGGGCCUGGAGAAGGCUAUCAAGCCGAAAACAUGUCCUACCACUUCGAUAUGUCUAUUCUCAUAAAUGAGAGGUGCACUGCGACUUGCAAUCUGAUGAUGUCAAGCGAGCUGUGAUCAAGCCACACUGUGGCGCAUCACGUGACUGUACGUGGGGCUCAAGCUCUGGUUGCUGGAGCUCUAGCGUCAACUGCAUCACCGAAGGCAGCCUCCAGUGUACGUAGGGCGGGCGAUCAGAUCAGCAAACGACUUUCUUGAGACAACCGCCAGCAACACCAUCACAUAGCUUCUACACAUUUCACCGAGCGCAAGGGGCACAGACCCCAUCACGUCUUUGAGAUGCCUACCACCACAGCAGAAACCCUUUCCCUCGUCACUCGAAACGUCUCUGUCGCACCUCUCGUGCUGCUGAGCGCCGUCGACCACUACAACAGAACCACGCAGAACCAGAUCAAGUCACGAAGAGUCGUCGGUGUUCUACUGGGCCAAAACGAUGGGAAGAACGUUAGGGUGUCAAACAGCUUUGCUGUGCCGUUCGAGGAGGAUGAGAAGGACCCUUCAGUGUGGUUCUUGGACCACAACUACGUCGAGAACAUGAACGACAUGUUCAAGAAGAUCAACGCUCGCGAGAAGUUAAUAGGCUGGUAUCAUUCCGGCCCCAAGCUGCGCGCCUCCGAUCUCCAAAUCAACGAGAUGUUCAAACGAUACACGCCCAAUCCACUCCUGGUCAUUAUUGACGUCCAGCCGAAGGAGUCAGGUGUGCCCACGGACGCAUACUUUGCGGUCGAUGAGAUCAAGGAUGAUGGCACGACCACCGCGAGGACGUUUGUCCACACCCCUUCGAUUAUCGAGGCCGAGGAAGCAGAGGAAAUUGGCGUCGAGCAUCUAUUACGAGACAUCCGAGACGUAGCCGUCGGCACACUGUCGACUCGAGUCACCAACCAACUGCAAUCGCUGCAGGGUCUACACUUGCGCCUUCGCGACAUUGGCGCCUACCUUCAAAAGGUCCUCGAUGGCGACCUGCCCGUGAACCACGCCAUCCUCGGGAACCUACAAGAUGUCUUCAACCUGCUUCCCAACCUCUUCACGCCGGAAGCAACAGGCAAGGCAGGGUCUGGCGAGCUGUCGAAUGCUCUCAGCGUCAAGACCAACGAUCAGCUCAUGGCCAUCUACCUCAGCAGCUUGAUCCGCGCCAUCGCCGCAUUCCACGACUUGAUUGAGAACAAGAUUCAGAACAGGCAAUCGGCGGAGGAGAAGGAGGCCAAGAAGGACGAGGCGGCGAACAAGGACGAGAAGAAGGAGGCAGCGGAAGCGAACGGGGACAGCAAGGAGGCGACCCCCAAGGACAAGGAAAAGGACAAGGAGAGCAAGGACAAGAAGAAAUGA